AUGACAGACCCAGGUCCCAAGGCAUCAGAAAUCGAGCAGAGAGAGUUCUCGUCUUCUACCAACGACAUCGUGAAGCCUGUCAGUCGCGCCCCGCAGUAUGUGCGCGAUCUGUCGCCCACGGAGCGGCAGCGUGCCGAGAAGAGGCUCGUCCGCAAGGUUGAUCUGCGACUCAUGAUCGUGACCUUUGUCAUGUAUGUCAUGAACUACUUGGAUCGGAAUAAUAUUGCCGCGGCGAGACUGGCGGGUCUCGAGGAGGAUCUGAAUCUGAAAGGGAAUCAGUUUCAGGUGACCGUGAGUAUUUUGUUUAUUGGCUAUUUGUUGAUGCAGGUGCCUUCGAACAUGAUCCUUAAUAAGAUGGGUAGACCGUCGAUUUACCUGCCCAGCUGUAUGGUGGUUUGGGGCACUAUAUCCACCGCGACAGCGGCCACGCAUAACUACGCUGGUUUGUUGGUAUGUCGGUUUUUUCUUGGGUUCGUGGAGGCUGCUUAUUUCCCUGGGUGCCUCUAUCUCCUCUCGGGAUGGUACACUCGCAAUGAGCUCGUUAAGCGCACUGCCUUGCUGUAUUCUGGAUCCGUCAUCUCUGGCGCCUUCUCUGGCUUGAUUGCAGCCGGCAUCACGGGCAAUAUGAAUGGUGCUCGGGGCCUGGCUGCCUGGCGGUGGCUGUAUAUCAUCGAGGGGGUCAUCACGAUCUUCAUCGCCAUCCUGGCUUUCUUCAUCAUCCCCGACCUCCCCCGUACCACACGAUGGCUCAGCGAGGAAGAGCGACAGCUUGCUGCGUGGCGUCUAGAAGAGGAUAUCGGCGAAGACGACUGGGUGGAUAGUCAAGACCAGUCGAUGUUCCACGGAGCAAAGCUUGCAUUCUUAGACUAUAAGCUUUGGCUCCUCCUCGGUACAAUCUACGGCUCGACGUCGUCCGGGACAGUGACGAAUUUCUUCCCGACAGUAAUGAAAGGUCUCGGGAAAGGCAACGUCGAGACCCUCCUGCUCACUACGCCGCCGUACCUCAUCGGCGCCGUGGUCAUGCUGGCGAAUGCCUGGCACGCGGACAAGACGGGCGAGCGGUACUUCCAUAUCGUCAUUUCGCCGGUCGUUGGCCUGGUAUCGUUUAUCCUGGCAGUGGCGACGACUUCGUUUGCGGCGAGAUAUGUGGCUAUGUGUCUUAUGAUCGGAGGCAUCUACGCAGGCUAUGUUGUUGCUUUAGGAUAUAUCUCUAAUGUCCUACCUCGUCCAGCAUCCAAACGCGCCGCCGCUCUCGCCCUCAUCAACUGUCUCAGCAACGUCUGCCAGGUCUACGCUCCUUACCUCUACCCUAACGAAGACGGUCCUCGCUACCUGAAAGCCUUCGUCCAUAACAUGGCCAUGUCCGUCAUGACAAUUCUAUUCGGGACGAUUCUUCGGAUCGUGCUGGUCAGGCUGAAUAAGAAGUUGGAUGAGGAGGAGGGAGUGGAUAUUUUGGAACAGAGUCAGGGUCAGGGUCCGGAUGGGGAGCCGGUUGUAGUGCGGAGGGGGUUUCGGUAUUUGAUUUAG